GGUUCAGAAAACGAGAGUGCUAUUUGUAGGCAGAUAACUAGGAAGAGCUCAAGAAUACCAUUGGGAUGUAUGUUCAUGUUCAGUACCAUACGUAACGUCCAAAGCGAAGAGGUCAUCAUAGAAGAGGUAGGAAUUUUCCCCUCGAAGACAAUACAAUGCAGUUUCGUGAUGAUGUAUCUCACGAACAGACAGUCAACGGCCGGGUUGCAAAGAUAAUACAGGGGCGGAGACACAAUUCUUUCAGUUGAACAUGAGGUUUGAAUGGACGAAGAGGCAGAAAAAGAAAUACAACCAAAUUCAGACUGCUUCAGCGAGAGUGCUGCUUUGCCCAGUAGACCUGCAGCCACCCACUCUUUGUUACUCGAACCAAACGGAAGAGGAAAAAAAACCUACUACGAGUUGGAUUUCUAUUGGUUAUAUGAGGCAGCUUAAUGUGGAAUCUUGGAGUACACCAAAAGUCACUCCAUGGCUUGCAAUUUGGUCUGGUGGAGUAAUUGUCCCGUACUUUUUUAAAAAUGAAGAAGAUGUCACUCAAAACCGACAAUUCUUAUGCUAUAGCAAAAUGAUUACCGAUUUUUUUGGCUUGAAAUUUAUGGUAUGGAAUGGUUCCAGCAAGAUAGUGCAACAUUUGGCUAUAUUGCAAGAAAAAUUCCCAGAACAUGAGAUUUCUCCUUUCGGUGAUGUGAAUUGGCCACCAAGAUCUUGUGAUUUAUCGACAUUGAAUUUUUUUUGGGGACUAUUAUCCGUCAAGUUAUUGAUUAAAUUAUUACUCGAAAUGUGCCAGCAAGUCAUCCUGUAAGUCCUAUAGGAGAUCAAGCAGAAGACAUAUGUUUUAUUUCACUCAUAAUGACAAGGUUUAAGUACCUAUUAAGCAUGAUAUGUAUUGAAAUAAAAAUUUGAUCGAUAUUCUUUAAAGAAA